GCACCAAGCGCCCAGAAGAGCAGAAGAGACGCCUCGGGACAGCGCGCAAAGCUUUUUCUAAACCUCUGGGAAAUAUGCAUCCUAACUUGAUGAACUGGCUGGGGACUCUGGGGUUCCUGCUGUGGGCGCUGCUCUGCCUGGGCGCCCUGACGGAGGGAUACCCGGUAAAACCGGAGAACCCAGGGGAUGAUGCCCCGGCGGAGGAUCUGGCCAAGUACUACUCAGCCCUGAGACACUACAUCAACCUCAUCACAAGACAGAGGUACGGAAAGAGGUCCAGUCCUGAGAUUCUGGACACACUGGUCUCAGAGCUGCUGUUGAAGGAAAGCACAGACACGCUCCCACAGUCAAGAUACGACCCAUCAUUGUGGUGAUGCUGUCAUCAAUGUUGG